UAACCUAAUCUAGAAAACGAGGAUUAUGUAGAAAAAUCAAGCAAAAAGAAAAAACACCCUUGUGGUUUUAAAGGGAUUGCUAUUGUCUUUAUAAACAAACAAAUACACAUACAAAGAAUCCUCUCUUAGCAACUUUUUCAGAGGGAAAAUAACAGGCAAGACGAAAGAGAGAAAAAAAGACAGUCAAAAAUCAGUUAAUAAUUCGUAAAUUGGUAUUCGUUCUUUUUCCCUUUUCUUCUCUUUACCUUUACAUAAUGCCUAAAGCUACCGUAACUGGUAGUAUCAAUAACUCGAACAACUCCAACAACAACAAUACUAGCCCGCUACUUUUUCAACAAAUAUACCAAUUCUUUUCCUUUCUUCUAAAAUACCUUCAGUCUCUUUUCUUAUUAAACAAGUCAAUAGCCACAAAGAAGAACACUACACUUCAAAAAGGACUACAGUACUACAAAGGCAAAACACUCGUAUUAGAUCUGGACGAAACGCUUGUUCAUUCUGUCAGGCUUGGAACGACAGACACUGUCCAUAUCAGUACGUCCAUCAAGAAAAAGACGAUAGAGGUGACGAGUGAUAAACAAAGUAUAUUGUACCAAGUGUAUAAAAGACCGCAUGUUGAUUUCUUUCUCUCUACUAUAAGCAAAUGGUACAAAGUAGUCAUAUUUACUGCAUCAAUGUCAGAAUAUGCGGACCCUGUGAUUGAUUGGCUGGACGAGGAUCAGACUCUGAUCAGUCAGCGCUAUUUCAGACAGUCUUGUAUAUUUCAAGACGGUAACUAUCUCAAGGAUAUUUCAAUAGCUGAAUCUGAUCUGGCUAAAGUAUGUUUAAUUGACAAUAGUCCUGCGGCAUAUGAAUUAUGUCAAGAAAACGCAAUCCCAAUACCUACCUGGAUUUCAAACCCAAAAGAUGAUUGCUUACUAGACUUGCUACCUUUAUUAGAUGCUCUUCGUUUUACUGCUGAUGUUCGGAGUGUUCUGAGCUUAAGAGAUCCCACUGCUCAACAAACAUAAACUGUGUAUAUUCGAUUAAACUUGUCCUUUUUUUAUUGUUUUGUAUUGAGCUUUUCUUUUCUGAUAUUGUUGAUGGUUUUCAAAGUCACUUUUUCUUGACAAGAAAGAAAUUAUAUCAAGGAGAUAUUUGCAAAUCAAAAACACUAAAGGGGAUCGUUGUAUAGGUCUAAAAAAAAGCCCCUCUUUUUCUUCCUACUCAAUAGGGGUAA